AUGACGUCUACUCACCAUCAUCAUCAUGAAGAUCUGCAUAGUAAACACGAUACCAACCUGGUCCCCUCUAAAGCUACUAACCAGCACUCUCAGGUGUCCGCCAACCACCCUGACUCUGAAAAGGUCAGUCAAUCUCGCCAUCAUGAUCACUCACACCCCCACAGACACAAACACCGCCAACAUGAAGGUACCUCAUACGAACAUACCUGGUCCAUUCAAAUAACUGAAGAAGAACUAGGAUAUCUGAAGUUCUUCCAACAGAUGAUACCUCAUAUUUUCUCCAGUCCAUAUCAUUACGAGUUAGCUAUAGCCCCGGCAUUGGGGUAUCAGAGAGCUAAGGAACUGUCUUAUGCGAUGGUUACACCCAUCACCCAUGAUACCUUCUCAUACGUCUCCCCAGAUGGCAAGAAACAUAUCGGUCAAGUUGAUAGAGAGCAUCCUCAUACGAUUAUCAUGGAGAUGCAUCUCUCACCUUUAUACGGAGGUAGUGGAGGGAUUAUGAGGAAGGAGUUUGUAGAGCAGGAAUUGCCACCUAAUGGGGAUAUACCAUAA